ACACACGUCACAAAAAUUUAGCUAUCCAAGUAGGGCAAUACUUUUCCAUUUCAUUUUAAUUGAAACUUCUCAUACUUACGUUCUACAAUUUUCACAAACACUAUAUUCCAAAUUAAUUAGAAAAGAGAAUAUCGCGAUAUUCUUGUGAAACCAUCAAUAAGCUUUUGCGAAAAUAUUAAACAAACAAGAUGCCACGCGAGGACUUAUUCUCCAAGGAAGCGGCGCUGAAGAACCAAGCGAAGCGUGAGCUGGCCAAUGGACUCGAAAAGGACUCAAUCUACAAAUUGCGCCUGCAGUGCUUCAGCCGUGGCGCCACCGGCAUCUUGGGCCUUGCCAGAGCGUUUCGUGUAAUGGACGAUGAUGGCAGCAAGACUCUCAAUCUAGAAGAGUUCAAAAAGGGCAUCAUUGAUAUGGGACUGGAUGUUAACGAAUCGGAUAUUGACGAUAUGUUCAAGCGUUUCGAUACUGAUAAUAAUGGCACCAUAAACAUGACAGAAUUUCUAGUCAAACUUCGUCCACCCAUGAGUGCAUCACGUUUGAAUAUUAUUGAAAAAGCCUUUAAUAAACUGGACAAGAAUGGAGAUGGACAAAUUACAGUAGAUGAUUUGAAGAAUGUUUAUUCAGUUCGCGAUCAUCCAAAGUAUUUGAGUGGCGAAAUGACUGAAAAGGAAAUUUUGGUAAAUUUCCUCAAGAACUUUGAAGCUGGUGCUCCUAAUCCAGAUGGCAUUGUAACCAAAGAAGAGUUUGAUAACUAUUAUGCGACAAUCAGUGCCUCAAUUGAUAAUGAUGCAUACUUCGAUUUGGUCCUGCGUCGUGCCUAUAAACUCUAAAUGCCUCACGCUUUGCCUCUUUGUGGAUUAUGGGAAUUCAUUCCGGCCUAUCGCUAAUUAGCGCGAAAAUUUUAAAAUCGAAAUAGUUUUAAUGGCAACGUCUACUAAAAAUUAUUAAAAUAGCUAUUAGCUGUCGAAAAGUUUUACUAAAUAUCUGGAUACGAAUAACUUUUAAAAUUUGCCGAAGCUGUCUCUCUAAUUUCGAACUGCAAUCCACAAAUAAAUGUUAAUUCUUUGUUGUUAAACAGAAA